AACUCAUUUCUCUUUUCUUGAUGGCCGUGUUGUCUACUUUGAAUCUGCCACCGGGGUUCAGGUUCAGUCCGACGGAGGAGGAACUCAUCGACUUCUUGAGGUUAAAGAUCGCUGGGAAUGAUGAACAACUUGACUUUAUUCGCGAAGUCCAGUUCUUCACAUAUGAGCCCUGGGAUUUGCCAGCUUUCUCCGGCAUAGAGACAAAGGAUCAAAAAUGGUUCUUCUUCUCGCCACCGCACCUGAAGAACCAAAAGGGGCCUCGAUUGAACAGGGCAACCAGAGGUGGGUACUGGAAAGUGACUGGUAAGGAUCAAAAAAUCUUGUCCGGAGCGAGGUCGAUUGGAAAGAAAAAGAUACUGGUAUUCUAUGAGGGGCGUACUCCAAAUGGCAAAAUAACUGAUUGGGUCACGCAUGAGUACCACCUUUCCCAGGAGGAGCUUGAUGGCAACAACCCCGAACAGACGACAUUUGUCCUCUGUCGUUUAUCCAAGAGACCCAGCAAGGGUAGCAAUGGUCGAAAGCGAAUGAACUCUGGCAAAGCUGGACCUGCCAACUCCAAACGAAUUGUGGCUUCAUUAUCUCCAUCACUGGAAGUGCAAGCGGAAAAUUAUCCAAUUGAUGAAUGUUUUGAGACUGAAGAUUCUGAUGGAAACACAUCUGUCACAACAACACCUGCUGUUGAGUGUGGUGACAACAAUUUUAUUGCUUCCGCUGCAAUGAAUCAAGUGGCAGAAGUGACAAAUACCGAGGUUGACAUGCAAGUAGUGGAGACCAACGUCGUUUGGACCCCCUUUACUUCAUCUUCUCCUGAAGGAGCAGAGUCUGACCUAACAAAGGCUUCAGUAUCUCCAGCAUCAGGAGAGGAAGUGGAAGACAAUCAUGUCACAAUAAAUCAAAUGGCUGAGCCCAACCACAUUAGUGAUAAUGCGGACACUAUAGCAAAUGAUCGAGUGGCAGAAGCAUCAGAUAGUGAGGACUCAAAUAUGUUCUGUGCCCCAACAGAUAUAGAUUGGAGCUCGCUCUCCCCAUUAAUCCAAUCGCUCUCCCCAUUACACUCGCCGAGGCAAGAAGUGUUGCAUCCUUUUUGCAAUCCUUACCUUGUCGCCAAUGACUCAAACUGCUUUGAUGGUGAGGUGCCUUUUCAAUAUGGCACGAAUGAUCCAGACGAUUAUACCUCUGAAUUAUGGGGUCCAAUGACUUAUCAUCCAUAUAAGUCCCUUCAUAAUGAUCCUAGCAGUCAAAAGAAUCGUGCUUUUGACACUGAGACAAUGGAAAACAUGGAAUCUGUUAAGAACAACGGAUCACACAGUGCACCUAGUGCAGAAAUGCUCAAUGCACAGAAGUUUGAAUCCAGCGUUCAAGAUUCUAUGUUGUCUCAAGAGAUCAAUAGAAAGGCUUCAUCUGGGUUGUUAACUCCCGGAUCCUAUAAUGGUGGAGGUUUUUCAAUCAGAUCUCGACUCUGAUUGAAAAUCUUGAAAACACCGACACUACGCAAAAACAAUUAUUUCCCAACAAUUAUCUAUGAACCAAUUCCAAUUCCAGUUACUAUUCCAAUUAUGAUUCCACUUCCACUUUCAAUCCCAAUUUCAAUAUCGAAACACCAAAAUUAUCAAGCCAAAACCAAUUCCAAUUCUUAUCGUUGACCAGAAUUCCAAGGGAAUACCCCCUUUGGAAAUUGUCCAAAAAAAUAUUUUCCUAGUAGGUAAACUUCAAGCCUAAACCCCAAGAGCCCAAACUUUUUUUUCAAGCUUUAGAGUCCAUGACUCAACAAACACCCCCAACAGCAGUCCCAGCCUGUAAAAAAUCCCAAGGUAUAAACCUAUUUGAAAUCAAUCCUAUUCAUUGAUUCCAAUUAGUUAUUCCUUCUCAGUCUAAGAAUCCCAAAUGUUCCACCUAAAUCCUUUUUUCAGUUUACUCGAUUAGAGUUCAAGGUCUCGAGUAGGCCAGUCUUCUCAAAUGUUUACUCAACCAAGUAAAUAUUUUUACUUGGAAAAACCCCAUUUGUGUUUACUGUUUCUACAAUUGAGCCACAACUCUCUCAAGAAAUCAUCCCACUUGCCAUUUCUACAAAAACUCUCCCUCCAUAGUGGCAUUCAAGUGAUGCCAACAAAUCUUCCCACUCCCCCUUUCUACAAAAACUCUCUCCAAAGUGGCAUUCGAGUGAUGCCAACAAAAUUUGAUCUUUGGCCUAUGGCCACCCUACUUUUGUCUUUGGCUUAUGGCCACCUUACCUUUUUAUCUUUGGCCUAUGGCCACCUUACUUUCUUCAAAUAUGAUUGGUCUAUUUAUUGGUAUCUUCUACCGACGCCCGCAUGACGGUGGUUAAAUACCGACCCCUCAGGUUGGUACUACUCGAAGAUUAUCAAGCUUCUUAGGUUUUCAAAUUUGAAGAUUAUGUUUAGUAAACGGAUCUUUGGCCUAUGGCCACCUUACUUUUAUCCAAGUGCGAUUGGUAAGUUUAUCAGCAUCUUCUACCGACGAUUGCUCGGAGAGGGCUGAAUACUAACCCUAGAGCCUAGGGGGUCAGUACUCAACCCUAACUUCCCAAUUCCUGUACUUGAAACUUGUAUUAAGAAUUCGAAGUGUGUAUUUUAAAAUUUGUAUUUCAGGUUUGUUCAAUUUCCAGUAUGUAAUUAAGAACUCAAGCUUCCCAAUUUGCUUUGAUAUAUGUAAUUUUAUGUUUAUAUAUCAUAUUAUCUUGGAGAAUUGAUGGUAUCAGGGCUAUAGUUUAGAGGAAGAUAAUAUUAUAGGAAGUAUUGAUAAAGUGAUUUAAUUAAUGAAGACCAUAGAAAUACAAUACUGAUUGUC